UCUGCCCCCAUCCAGCAGCCUCUCAGCCCCGCACCUCACCAGAGAGACGCCACCAGUACCACCACCACCACCCCCGCAAGCGACGACGGCGAGAUGUUCCUGCGGCGGAUCCUGACCGGCGGUGGCGGCCUGGCGGCAUUGCGUGCGGCACGCGCCGUGAAGGAGACAACGGGGAUCGUGGGCCUCGACGUGGUGCCCAACGCGCGGGAGGUGCUCAUCGGGCUUUACACGCGCACGCUCAAGGAGAUCGAGGCCGUCCCCAAGGACGAGGGCUACCGCAAGGCCGUCGAGUCCUUCACCAAUCACCGCCUCCAGAUCUGCCAGGAGGAGGACGACUGGAAGCUCAUCGAGGACAGAAUCGGAUGCGGGCAGGUCGAGGAGCUCAUCGAGGAAGCCCAGGACGAGCUCAAGCUCAUCGCCAAGAUGAUUGAAUGGGAUCCAUGGGGUGUUCCUGAUGACUAUGAAUGUGAGGUGAUUGAAGAUGACACCCCGAUUCCUAAGCAUGUUCCGCAGCACCGGCCUGUUGCGCUUCCUGAGGAGUUCUUCAAGACAUUGGAUGCUGUCAAAUCCGAUCCCGCUCUGCAGGGCCAGGGCGAUGCUCCUCCUCAGGUGAAGUCUUAAAGUUGUGAACUCUUCACGAUAUUUCAUUUCACCUUUUGCGGCGUGACUAGUUUCAUGUGUCAUUUGCCAGCAAUGUGCUUGUUGUUCCAAGCAGAAUAAAUUUGUAGCGAGUACUAUCAAAGAAUGAGUUAACUCAGUGAUCUGACACAGUAAGAUUUGUGUCCAUGAAUGCUUAAUACCACGAACAUCUUUUAUGUUGUUGUUAAUCUAUGUUGACGAAAGAUUGAAUGUUAGGUGAGCUCUUA